ACAGUAUAUUCUAUUAUCUAAACUUCCUUCUCCGCGCCGGACGAUCCACGAACACUCGCAGUCAUCUGGCUGAAUUAUCGGCAAUGGAUUCCAGUCUCCUGCAAUUAUCCCACCCGCUAUCAACUAGAUCCACAUUUCUCAACGUAAUUCGCAAAUCUUCUUCUGCAUCCUCAAUCUCAAUCGGAAGAAAUUCGCAGUUCCAAAGAUACUUCAAGCUGGAGAGUAGCAGAGCCAGAGGCGACGUCGCUUUCGACGAAGCUGCUUUCGAGGCCGACAGGUCUCGCCUCGACGCCGAAGCUGAGAAAUCCAUGGCCGAAGCUUCAAUCAGGGCCACGGAAGGCGCUCCGGCCGACGACCCGAAAGCAUGGAAGUGGGUGAUCCGGAAACGGAUUUGGGAUUUGAUGGAAUCGCAAAACGUUGCGGCGAAUCCCCGGCCUGUUCACCACCGGAUCCCUAACUUCGUCGGCGCCAUGGAAGCUGCCAAUAGAUUGUGCGAUUUGGAAGUUUUUAGGGAUGCACAGUGCGUCAAAGUUAAUCCGGAUUCCCCUCAGAAGGGCGUGAGGCUUCUUACACUUACGGGUGGCAAAAAACUAUUAACACCUCAGCCGCGGUUGAGAACAGGGUUUUUCUCCAUAGUCGAAUCCGGAAUGUUGACUCCUGCUACCAUCAACGAAGCCUGCACUUCUGUUGGGGUAGCGAAGUACGGAAAGCCAAUUGGACUGGAUGAAAAGAUCAAAGUUGAUCUGAUUGUCAUCGGCUCCGUUGCUGUUGACCCCCGAACAGGUGCUCGGCUUGGCAAGGGAGAGGGAUUUGCAGAACUUGAAUACGGAAUGCUUCGGUACAUGGGAGCCAUUGACGAUUCAACUCUGAUUGUUACUUCUGUGCACGAUUGUCAGUUGGUUGAUGAUUUCCCAGUCGAGAAGCUAUUAGUCCACGACGUGCCAGUAGACAUUGUAUGCACUCCGAAGCAGGUCAUUCUAACCAACACAAAAAUCCCCAAACCCCAAGGUAUUUACUGGGAAAUGCUGUCUCCUGAGAAGCUGAGUCAAGUUCGAAUACUCAGAGAGCUCAAACGGCGGAUUGAACGGGAGACCGGCCAACCGCUGCCGUGUGGUCCGUCGGAGAAACUACCACCUACAGCUCAACGGAGUUCAAAACCCACAAGACGUGCAUCCUCCAAGAACUGAAGGGGGGGAAAUGGGGAAAGAAAGUCCUGUACUAUAUUUUCCUUCGUUACAUGGUUCUGGUAUUGAAUAAAAACUCCUCGAUGAGAACGAAAAAUCUAAUCUGAAAGCAAUAAAGGAAUGAAAAUUUCUGAAGGUUUUUUUUUA